GUUCAUCAGACAACGGAAGAGUUGGCUUUGUCCUAUACCAAAAUGACAAACUCUUCCAGUCAAGGAUUUAUCAGAGCUGCAGUAGUUUCUCUAAACAAAUUGUCUCUGGCAACAUUGAUGGCGGAAGAACCAGCGGUGUCGAAAUAGCCUUCAUUCCCAAGCACAACACAUCCCAACUGCAGCUGCGUGCUCACGCCUGUGUCUUUCGGGACUACGCGGUCAAUGACUGGAGCACAGGGAGCUGUGCAAAAGGAGACCAGUUCUUGAGAUGCAGGUGUAAUCAUAGUACUAAUUUUGCUGUCCUGAAGGCCUCUCAGAUGAAAUAUAAAUAUGCAAAGCCUUUGGAGUAUAAUUUUUACAUUGGUGUUAGAUUGUCCAUGGCUGGUUUGUUCAUUACCAUUUUGUUUCAGAUAUUCACUAGGAAAACUCGAAAGUCUUCUGUAAUGCGGAUGGCAGUAAAUCUCUGUUUCUCUAUGCUCAGUUUUAAAAUCAUUGUCUCUGGAAUUGAAAACCAAAACACCAGGAAUCACAGCAGUGAUACCACCAGCUACUACCAGCAAUACCUUCCUUAUGAUACUGGCAGUAACACCUCACUCACGUGUGACAUGGUAGAUCCUCCCGCAGACUCCUGCUGUAUGGCUGUGGCUGUCCUACUGCACUACUUGUUGGUGACAUUUAUGUGGCCAGCACUCAACUCUGCACAGUUGUACUUACUGCUGCUUAGAGCAACGAAGCCCUUGCCUGGACACCUCCUCAUAACCAUGUCAGGAAUCAGACAAGGAAUCCUCGUUGUAGUAGUUGCAGUAACACUUGGAGCUACUUACAGAGAAGGAAAAGCUUUAAACUACCGACAGGCAGGACUUCAGAUUCUGUACACUCUCAGAUCACCAAUCUUCAAGAAAAAAGUUUCUGAGUCUGUUUUGUAGGUGCCAGAGGUACCACUGUAUCUGCAUUCAAAAACUUACUACAUUUCAAAAUCACAGCCCACAAAACAUUCACAGGAAACUUUCAGAUCCACACACUCUUUUUCACAGAGCAUUUCCUUGUCUACCUUCCCUAACUAG